AUGGAGCUCUUCAGGAUAAACCCACUAGCCAUUUUUCUCUUCGUGCUCUCAUACUUCACACAUCUGUCAAUUGCACUAGGCAUUGUUCCUCACAACCAAGACCUAAGCUCAUACUUCCUUGUUCCACACAACAAAGCACGAGCUCAGGUCAGGGUGCGACCUCUUACAUGGAACAUGACCCUUGCAGCCUAUGCUCAUGGGUAUGCAUACCAAAGACUUGGUGACUGUGACUUGCGUCACUCAGAAGGACCUUUUGGGGAAAACCUAGCUGAAGGUUAUGGUGAUGAGUUUAGUGCAACCGAUGCUGUUAACUUGUGGGUCGGGGAGAAACAAUACUAUGAGUACGGAUCGAACUCGUGUGUUGGUGAUGAAUGCCUUCACUACACACAAGUUGUUUGGCGUGAUUCUAUUCAUCUUGGUUGUGCUAAACUUAAGUGUCAUAAUGGUUGGUGGUUCGUUAUAUGUAGCUAUGAUCCCCAAGGAAAUUAUGAGGGUCAACGCCCAUAUUGA